CACAUGUUGGAGACUAAACAUAGGCAGAACUGAGAGAGAGAGAGCAAAGACACAAAGCUCUCAUACUGGAUUCCUGUCACUGGAUUAUUUGACUGAAAUCUGGGUCUUUAUGUGUUCACAUCUCUGCAUCAAAGUAUUUGAGUGGGAGAGUUUCUGUGUGAUGUGUGAAUGAUAUCGGUGUAGACAUGGAUACAUCCUCUGCUGUGAGCGCUCCUCACCUGGUCCUUCUAAUCUCUCUUCAUCUCCACUGCCAACCUCUUGUCUGGGCUGCAAUGGACUCCUGCUAUGAUGACGAGGGUGUCCCAAACCGUUGCAUGCCCAAGUUUGAAAACGUUGCCUUCAAUCGCACUGUGGAGGUGUCCAACGUGUGUGGCUCUCCAUCCGAGGAAUACUGCAUGCAGACCGGCUCAACGCGCUCAUGCCACUACUGUGAUGCAUUAGACCCACAGCUGAACCACAACUCCAGCCUCUUGACAGACUUCCACAGGAAUGAUGAGCUUACAUGGUGGCAGAGCCAGUCCAUGUUCUAUGGCGUCCAGCAUCCCAACUCUGUCAACCUCACCCUCCACCUUGGCAAGGCCUUUGAUUUAACCUAUGUGCGAUUGAAAUUCCACACCAGUCGGCCGGAGAGCUUCGCCAUCUACAAGCGCACAGAGGAGGCUGGGCCCUGGUUGCCGUACCAAUAUUACAGUGCGUCCUGCAAAGAGACCUAUGGGAAGGACACAAAGGGCUACAUUCGACCAGGAGAUGAUGAGAGGACCGCUCUGUGUACAGACGAGUUCAGUGACAUCUCCCCACUCAGCGGAGGAAACGUAGCUUUCUCCACCCUGGAGGGACGGCCCAGUGCGUACAAAUUUGACCGAAGCAUAGUGUUGCAGGAAUGGGUGACAGCCACUGACCUGCUCAUCACUUUGAACAGGAUUAACACGUUUGGAGACGAAGUCUUCAAGGAUGUUAACGUGUUGCGCUCCUACUUCUACGCCAUCUCUGAUUUCUCUGUAGGUGGGAGAUGUAAGUGCAACGGUCACGCCAGCGAGUGCGUUGAAGGGGAACAUGGUGCCCUGCUCUGUUCCUGCCAACAUCACACUGUAGGAGAUGACUGCCAGAGAUGUCACCCGUUUUACCAGGACCGACCCUGGGCCAGGGCCACUGGGGACUCUGCCAACGAGUGUCUGAAGUGUAAUUGCAGUGGGAGAUCAGAGGAGUGUGUGUUUGACACGGAGCAGUACCGCAGCACGGGCAGUGGGGGGCGCUGUGUCAGCUGCCGAGACAACACCGACGGGCCCCAUUGCGAGCGCUGCAGAGAGAAUCACCACAGGGAAUCGUCACAAGAGCCCUGCCUUCCCUGCAACUGUGAUAUCAAUGGCUCAGUGAGCCUGCAGUGUGAUGACGAAGGAAGGUGCGUGUGCCGCGUCGGCGUAGCAGGGGAGAAGUGUGACAAGUGUCAGGCCGGCUUUCAUUCGCUGGGUCCUGGUGGCUGCAGGCCAUGUGAGUGUAAUCCCAGUGGGACUGUGGGCGAUUGUUCGACUCUGGACGGACGUUGUCACUGCAAGGCAAACGUGGAGGGACAAGGAUGUGACAGAUGCAAACCGGGCUUUUUCAACCUCCAACAUGGGAACCCAGAGGGCUGCCAACCUUGUUUCUGCUUUGGCCAUUCGCUGGCCUGCACCUCGUCCGGUCACUAUGCCGCCGUCAACAUCACCUCUGACUUCAAUGAAGAUCAGGACGGCUGGGUGGGAGAGUUCUUUGGCGGACAGGAAUACCCCCUGCUGUGGAAGGAAGGCGAAGUCUACCUGCUGCCUCUUAGUGAGGAAGACAUUGGAUUCUACAAAGCUCCCGAGAAAUUCCUGGGUCACCAUGCCCACAGCUACGGUCAGCUCCUCUCCAUCACCUUCACCUCUGAGACCCCUGAGCUGCUCCCUGACGACGUCACCAUCAUCCUCCAAGGCUCUGGAAUCACUCUCUCUGCUGACCUUUCACCGCAACGAGUGCUUCAACAUGACCCCGGUCUCACUCCACAGCAUGCCUUCAUUGUCAGGCUCCACGAAAAUGAGAGAAGCUUCAAACCUUCACUGUCUGCCUUUGAGUUCCAGCAUCUCCUUUACAACCUGACCGCUGUCAGAAUCAGUAACGCUGGCGGUCACAACUACACAUCCCAGCUCGCUGAAGUAUCCCUGACCUCAGCUUUAAUCUCCUCUGGUCUCGCAAACCCUCCAGCUCCAUGGGUGGAGUCUUGUUCCUGUCCUCAUGGAUUUACAGGUCAAUUUUGUGAGCGGUGUGCUCCAGGAUUUACGUGGGAAGUCCCAGGCAAGGGGCCUCUGUCCACAUGUGUGCCGUGCAACUGUCACCAGCAUGGGACCUGCCACCCAGAGACAGGUGCGUGUGAUUGCUCAGACUUCACCGCCGGGAUGACCUGUGAACGCUGCCUGGAUGGUUACUAUGGCAACGCUUUGAUUGGCACGCCUGGUGAUUGUCAGCCAUGUCCUUGCCCGGGCCAUAGCAGCUGUGCUCAAAUUGCAGUGACAGGACAGGUGGUGUGUACCAACUGCCCCCCAGGACAGACAGGGAUGCGCUGUCAGAUGUGCGAAGAUGGUUACUAUGGCGAUCCGCUGGGACAAUCUGGGGCAAUUCGACCGUGUGUGAGAUGCAACUGCAAUGGUAAUGUGGACUUCAACGCUCUGGGAGUAUGCGACCAUGUCACUGGCCAGUGUUUGAAAUGCCUGGGACACACAGAGGGUGACCACUGCGAACGCUGCCAGCGGGGUUUCUAUGGCGAUGCCCUGAGCCAGACUGCAGGCCAGAAGUGCAAGUCCUGCAGUUGCAACCCUGCCGGAACCACGGGGCGCGUUAACGAAUGCCACCCUCAGAGCGGGGAUUGCCAGUGCCUCGGUCAUGUGACCGGCCGGGAUUGCGGUCAUUGUGAAGUUGGCUUCUUCAACCUCCAACCAGGCAUAGGAUGUGAAAGGUGCAGAUGCAAUCCAAUUGGGUCAUCGUCCGUCCUGUGUCACCAAAUCUCAGGGCAGUGCCUGUGUCGUACAGGAGUCGAGGGAACGCUGUGUGAUUCUUGCCGCAUGGGCUUCUUUGGCUUCUCCUCUCAAGGUUGCAGAGCCUGUAACUGUGACCCCAUGGGCUCCGUUUCCAUGCAGUGUCACAAUAACGGUACGUGCCCCUGUCGCCAGGGCUUUGUGGGCUACAAAUGUGACCAAUGUGAGUUGAACUACUUCCACAACCGAGACACACAUCAGUGCGAGGAAUGCCCAGUGUGCUAUGGCCUUGUCAAGAAACAGGCAGAGAGGCUGAGAACUCGCCUGCAGGAUUUGGAGAAGCUCCUGGCUCACUUUGAUUGCCGGGGUAGAUUUGGGAAGCAGCACCACAUGCUCAAGUAUCACAUCGCCAAGCUUUACGGGCAUGAGCACCAGAGGGAGGAUACUCUACCCAAUGCUCUGGAGGAUUUUCUGGCCUUCCAAGAAGCACGAGAGGCCUUCAUAAAGCAAUUUUCCGUGAUGGAAGGUUCCACAGGCAGACUCGUGGCCCAGCUGCAUGGUAUUACAUCUGCUUUGAACUGCAGCAUCAGCAUGACAGAGGAAGAGGAGCAGGAGAGGAGGAAAGAUGAAGGGAGCAGGAGUGUGUGUCAAACCUUCACAGACACUGCGCUCAUGAUGAGAGCGUCUCAGAAACGGCUAAAGCAGGCCACCGCAGACCUGGACAACGUGCUCAUUCCCGUUGAGUUGGAAUCAGGACCAAACAAAUGGAAUAUAAUGGUCAAUGACUCCCAGGUCCUAAUGAAAAGACACAGAGAAACAGCUGACCACAUUGAGGCCAUAGCCAGCAGCGCAGUGAGAGCCUCAAAACAGAGCUUUGCUCUCCUGAUGGAUCUACUGCAGGACAACUCCACUGAAGAGUACAUCAGGAACCUAACAGAGCAAAUAACACACAUGCAGCAGCAGAAGGACAAUCUGACGGUGCAGGUGAACGACACCGUAGCCAAACAUCAGGCCCUGGAGGAGGAGGCCGCUGCGUUAACGCUCGCCCUGGCUAACGUCACGUCAUCCUUGCAUCAGCUGGCUCUGACGGACGCCAGCUCAUCACCACGAGCUCAGCUCAACCAAACUCAACCACCCAACCGUACAGCCGAGUGGGGAGGCGAGGAGCUGCUGGAACAGACAAAAGAGCUGGACCAGCAACUUCAGACCAAAGAUGAUCUGAUCAGUAAAAUCAGGAGUGAGGUGGAGCCUCUAAGACAGACUGUGAAUAAGAAGCUGGAGAUGGCGGGUGGCAUCAGUGAGCUUCAAGCUCAGACUCAAGAGACAAAAGUCCUGGCUCUGGCGUCUGUAGUGUCAGGGAAGGAGGUGGAAUCAGAAGCCAUUUCACUUCACAGAGAAUUUGAAAACAUGGCGAGGGAGUGGCCCCGUCGACAGGCCCAGACGAAGGCCGCGAUGAAGAAGGUGAAACCUCUGGAGGAAAAAGUCCUGGCCGACGUCAGGAAACGAGUCUCGCACAUCAAGGAAAUUCUAGAUCCUGCUCUGGAGAACUGCAGUCUGUCCAGCAGCACCACGAAGGAGGCGGAACGCAAAGCGCACGCAGCAGUAAAGGAAUCCAAAGCCACUUUGAGCCUGGCCAAGAACACCAGGACGGCCUCUGCUCAACUCAGCUCCCACGUUGACUCUGCCUUACAACAGCUCGCUGAGCACGAGCUACUAACUGACAAAGCAAAGUCCCAAAUCACCUCAGAGGUACUUAACGCGGACACAUUCACGUUUCCUGAGGUGUCCCUGACCGGCGUAAAGGAAGACAUGGAGGCAGCCAAGCUCCAGUUAGAGGCCUAUUCUGCCACUCUAACAGACCUAAUCAGUAAGAUCGAUGACAGUGUGCCGCUGGAGCGCUUCGACCAGAUCCUCAACGAGACAUCGCGGCGCCUGAGCAUGCUCCGCGGGAGCGUGGAGAGCCCGACACUGAGCUCCAAGAUCCAGAGGCUGCAGUCGGCUGCUAAGGAGCAACAGAGCCGUCUGUCCCUCAUUGAACAGGACUUACAGGAGAUCAGGGAAGAGAGAGACAGUCUCAGGGAUAUCACUUUAAACUUGCCUCAGUCCUGCCCCAAGGCCACAGAAACAGGCAAGGCAUAGACAUUGUAGAUGACAGGGAUUUUAGUUAUUGAUAAGACAGUUGAACAUCAGAAGUGUCUUGGAGGAUUUCAUAAAUACAAGGGCCUGUGGCCAUUUUUUUAUUCAGCUUCAAAAAAAAAAAAAGGUAGAGUUAAUGAUAUUUUU